ACAGAAGCUCACAGGUUGCGUACCAGCGGUAAAAAGUCAGCCGGUCUUGGCAACCAAGAUAUUUUUGGAUAUGAAACAACCUCUGGUUCUAAGUAUAAACUCGGCGGAUGUAAGUUUACACUAGCCCGGUAGACAUAGGCCCUACACAAAGUCACAAAGAAAGAAAUCGUAAAAAUUGGAGGAGAAAUGCUAUGUUUCGACGUAAGGUGCUCUAUUCUUAGUUUCGUUUCACACGAUUGACAAUUGGCCGAGAUGUCUUCUUAAGCCUGGUACACCAUCUUGGAUUAUUAAUGUGCUGAAGAUUCGCCAUCUUGGCGUACAGGAGAACACCCAUGAUCAAGGUAACCAGAUAUCGAGAGAGAAAAAUGCUUUGACGAGGAAUACAGGCGACUGGCGUUGGAGCCCUGAAACAAACUGUUGACAGGGACAGUUUUUUGUCUUCAGGAUUUGACUUUGCGAGGUUGAGACAAAAUGUCGAUUGUUAUACCGAAGAGUGCCCAGAGAUGGCCCGUGGAGCCAGAGCAGAAAGGAGACGGCAAGAAGAAAGAUGACAAGAAGAAGAUGAAACAGAGCAAGGCGUUCAACUCGGCCAAGACAAUGAAUGACCGAGAGCAGCGCCGGUUGGCACUGACUCUAGACGUCUUCAAGAAGGAUCUCCGAACUGCUACACACCUCCUUAGUCUGGAACAGAAGCAGCUGAGACGGGAGCUACAGACUAUCAAUCCAGACAUCAAGAUGGAUCCGGCCAAAGGGUUCUUCGUGCCCCAAGGAGUGACCCAAGAACAAGCCGAGAUGCUGAAGGACAACCGGCGGGCCAGCGUCCCGGCCGCCACUCGGAGCAUCUCGCUCGCCGAGUUCGACGAGAUGAGACAGAAGCGGAGUCAGAAGUCCCGCGAGGCUUUUGAGAGCUCCAGGGCGACUCAGCCCCAGGGUGAUGGUGAGGACACGGAGGAUGCCAUGCUGAUGAGGGCUAGGAGGAGAGGCAGAAGGGGCGCCGUCCAAAUGCCGGACAAACCUGCCGCUUUCACCUCCAUGGCCCGUGUGACUGUCAACCCCGUCAGUGGUGGUGGUAGUAACCAGGCCUCACCGAGACAUGCAGCGUCUUCAUUACGGAAACUAAACAAGAAACACUAAGAAACAAACAGUUUCGAGGUGAAUUUUCUUCUGAUAAGACUGGAAAACUUCAAUGAAAUCCGUCCUGUUAACAAUUCAAUUUGUUUAUAUUCUUUUCUGAGUACAGAUACCGAUACAAAAAUGUAUAUGCCAGGAGGAUUUGGAAACCUGGAGUGGGGGAAAACAACAAAACUACUUCACAUUUGAAGCGAAAACUUUGAUAAUUGAUUAGUUGACCAGCAACCAUUUCGAAAAGAAAUACGUGUGACUUGUGUAAAGCCUAUAGCAAUCUCCGGGCUCGAUUUUGGAGGACCAAAAAUGUUGUACCCCUAUUUCCUUCGCACGAUAAUUUCAUGGCAUCAAAUGUUCAAUGUAUAGUUGCCGUAUGCAAAUUAUAUUCUAGUUUAUGACCUUUCUGGGACACGCGUUUUUGGAACUUCAAAGAGGCGCAUUCAAUUAAGACGACAUGUCUGAUGUCUCCCUUAAACUACAUAUAGGGUCAUUUGAUUUUCAUACAUUUUGUUCGUUUCCAAUAUUAACACCACUCAUAAUUCAAAGAAAAAUGUUCCACAUCUAUAACCUGUUGGACCUUCGGCUCAGUGGAUAGUGCACUUUUGGAGAAAACAGGGAAAACAAUGCACAUGAUUCCAAUAGCACUUUCCAAAAAUCAGUUGAUUGACUAAUCGUUGGAAAUCACCUACAUUUCUUAAUUUCUUCUAAAUGACAACAAG